UCGAUGGAAAACAAUCUUAGCGCGCGUAUGCAUGAUAUCAAUGUAAAAACAAUCAAAAAAAAAAAGAUCGCGUCUUUGUUUAUUUUUUUGUGUUGAGUUUUAAAGUGUAAUAUCGGAUUAAUUAAUUAAAAUCAAUAAAUAAGAUUAUUAAUUUAAAAAAAAAGAAACAAGUUUUAACAACAAACUAUGAAGACUUUUGAAGCAAUAAUUUAAGCAAUAAAUUAUAAAAGAAAGAUUAUUUUACAAAAAUGUACUCAGCAGUAUUUAUAAUCGCAAUUUUAGUGCCAAUUGAAGCUUUAUGGGGUCCAAACGUUUGUACAAGACACGAAACUUACACACAAAACGUGACGAUAUCGGAAUCUCAACCGUAUCAAGUCCGCGAGUACGUUUGGUGUUUAAACGUUCCACCACGAUGUUCAAAAUACAAAAUCAAACACAAGGUGAUCUAUAAAACGCAAACGUUGACCAAAACUCGACCAAUUCAAGAAUGUUGUCAAGGAUAUGCCGAAAAUAAACUCGAAGAAAAAUGUAUUCCCCUUUGCUCGCAAGAAUGCAAACAUGGAACUUGUGUUGCUCCAAAUGAAUGUCAAUGUGCUGAAGGUUUUGGAGGGCCAAGAUGUGAUAUCUCUUGUCCUAAUGGAUUAUGGGGAAUCGAUUGUCAACAACAAUGUCUUUGCGAAAACAACGCGAAAUGCGAUCCUUAUAAUGGGGAGUGUAAAUGUUCGAGGGGAUUCACCGGAACUUAUUGCGAAGAAGAAUGCCCUGCAGGAACUUACGGCCAAGAUUGCGCUGAGGUGUGUAGAUGCGAUCGAGGGGAUUGCGAUAACGUUUCUGGGGAAUGUUUAUGUGAACCAGGAUGGACGGGACCACUUUGUGAUGAUCAAUGUCCGCCAGGGAAACAUGGUUUAGAAUGUAAAUCUGAUUGCAAAUGUCAAAAUGGUGGUCUUUGCGACCCAGAAACCGGACGAUGUGAGUGUCAAGACGGUUGGACGGGACAAGCAUGUGCUAAUCGUUGUCCGUUUGGGUUUUAUGGAAAGAAUUGUGCGUUGAAAUGCGAGUGUUAUAACGGAGCUGGAUGUCAUCAUAUAAAUGGAACUUGUCAAUGUGCUCCUGGGUAUAUUGGAAAGAAAUGUUUGGAUGUUUGCGCGGUUGGAAAAUACGGUGAAAAUUGUUCCCAAAAUUGUUCGUGCAAAAAUGAAGCUACUUGUUCGCAUAUCGAUGGAAAUUGUACGUGUGGAAAAGGUUGGACAGGAAAGGAUUGCUCAAAACGAAUUUGCCCCGAACAAUUUUUCGGGGAUAAAUGUGAAGGAAGUUGCAAAUGUUCCCAAGAAAACACAGAAAGUUGUCAUCCAUGGAGUGGCAAAUGCGACUGCAAACCGGGUUGGACCAGCGAUGAUUGUACAAGACAAUGCUCAUUACUUACAUUCGGAAAAGGAUGUAGGGGAAGUUGUAAAUGCAAAAAUAACGCUUUGUGUUCACCGAUAAAUGGAACUUGUCUUUGCGCGUCGGGUUUUCGAGGUUCAGAUUGCGGAGAUAUUUGCCCAGAAGGAACUUUCGGGGAGGAUUGCGCUAACAAAUGCAAUUGUAAAAAUGAUGCAACAUGCUCAACAGAAACCGGACAAUGUAUUUGCAAACCCGGUUGGGUGGGACAAUAUUGCGAUCGUCCUUGUAGUGGUCAGUUUUAUGGUGUGAAUUGUUUACAAAACUGCACGUGUAAAAAUGGGGCUGCUUGUAAUCCCCAAAAUGGUUCUUGUACUUGCGGACCUGGUUAUCACGGGAUAAAUUGCGAAGAAAAGUGCCCUCCAGGUCAAUAUGGUAUUAAUUGUGCUCAAAGUUGUAAUUGUGUUGAAUUUAAUAGUAUGGGAUGUGAUGUUGUUAGUGGAAAAUGUAUAUGUAAACAACCAUGGAGAGGAAUAACUUGUGAAACUAAGUGCCCACCAGGAAUGUACGGCCACAAUUGCGAUCAAGAAUGUAAUUGUGUUAAUAACAGUUCGUGUGACGCCGAAACCGGGAAAUGCACUUGUUCGAGAGGUUGGCAAGGUGAUAAUUGUAGCGAACCUUGCAAAGAAGGAUUCUACGGGGUUGGAUGUAACGAAAUUUGCCCGGAAAAUACCAUCUCAAAUCGGACUUGUGACCACAUCACCGGAGAAUAUACAUGCAGACCUGGUUACAUUGGGUUAACAUGUGAACAUCCUUGUCCGUUGGGUACAUUUGGGAGGAGUUGCAAAGAAAAAUGUGCUUGUAAAAACGGAGCAGAUUGCCAUCACGUAACCGGUCAGUGCCAAUGUUUACCUGGAUGGGUGGGAGAAAAUUGCGCCACCCCGUGCCCUGUUGGAUUUUAUGGAAUGAAUUGUACCCAACAUUGUAAAUGCCGAAACGGAAAAUGUCGAGGAAAUGAUGGAGUGUGUCGGUGUUUAUCUGGAUGGACUGGGAGUCAAUGCACUGAAAUUUGCCCUGAAGGAUAUUACGGCGAUCAUUGUAUGAACCCCUGUGAAUGUCCAAGCGAUAACUUUAUCUGUCACCCAGUGAAUGGUUGUACUUGUAGACAUGGUUUAACAGGUCCCACUUGCGAAGACACCCUUGCAAAAGCAAUUUUACACCCAGGAGAAACAAAUUACGGAAGCGUUGUAGCUUACGUCCUCGUAAUCGUUGUAAUCUUCAUUUGCACCUUGUUCGCGUUAUGGUAUUAUUAUAAAAAACGCGUACAUAACUUGAAAAAUGAAAUAGCGCACGUUCAAUACAUAGCGGAUCAACAAAGUAUCUCAACGGAUCGGAAUCAUUUCGAUAACCCCGUUUAUACAUAUCAAGGAAACACAAAUGCAAAAGGGGACGAUCUAAGAUUAUUAAAUAACUCCCCCCAAAUUAGAAAUAAUUUAUUCAAAGAGACAAACGCAACUUUAGAACGACAACGAUUGGGGUUGGCUGGAUGUUCAUCGGAUUCUGGAGAAUAUAAAAACUCUGAAUUGCAAUCACUAAAGAAUAAAGAUGCGGAUGCAACAAAUCCAAACAUUUAUUUGAGUAUUGAUAAAUUGGAUCACGUUUACGAUGAAAUUAAACAAAAAGACUGCAAAGAUUUAGAUUUAUAUGAUCAUUUGGAUUACACACGACCACAAAGUACAUGGAAACCGCAUUAUCAAAGAAUGCCAAAUCCGUCGGGUUCGAGAGAUUUAGAGAAGACAUCAAAUAAAAGCGACGGAGAUGAUCUUUAAUUAAACAAAGACGUUAAAGCGAACCGAUCAAAAAGAUUUAAUUAUCGAUUUUUUUUAAUUAGUUUUUAAUUAAUUAAAAUUAAUACUAGUUGUACCUUGGGGAAGCACUUUCAUGGUCCCAGCAAAAGAAUUAGUGUACAUAUCAUAUUAAGAAUAAUUUAAUUAUCGGUUUUUAAAUCCUUUUUAUAUCCUAUGUAAUUAUUAUUUCUCUGUGAUACAGAAAUUUUAUGUAUAA